ACCAAAAAACAGUAAACAAACAAAGUAAAAUAAAUUUACAGCAUUUUACUAGUUGAUCAAAGCAUUUUACAUGUUGCGUCAUUUUAACAAAAAAAAAAAGAAGUAACCAUAUUAAAAGUGGAAAAAAGGAAAAUGAAUAGAUAUGAAAUAGAGGGAGACGACACAUCUGAUGAAGAAAGCGAAAAGGGUGUUUACAAAAAUUUAAAAGCAGAGAACUAUAAUAAAAUAAAUACAAAAAUAAGAGUAGAUAUGUUGCACCAGUUAAAAUUUGACGAUGAACAAGCUAUAAAGUUUAUUAUUAAUGAACUUUUAACGAUUGAAAAUUUUUUAACUAAAACAAAAAAAGUUUCAAAACAAAAACAAGUUCGUACCAAGGUGAAAAACUUAAUAUCAUAUUACAAUUCAAAGAUUGAGGAAGACUCAAAAUGUGAAUCUGAAAAGUUGCAAGUUAAUUCUGCAGUAUGGUCUGCGUAUACAAAAUGUAAAGGUAAAAAACUCGAAAAUUUUAUAAGUUGUGCAAAAUCAAAUUUAAGAAAAAAAACAAAAAAGUCUGGCAAUCAAAGUAAUGAUCAAUUUAUUGAUUUAAAAUGGUCAUUGAUAUUCCAAGAUCUAGGAACCAGAUUGCUUGCGUCUGAUUCGGUGCGAAACUUAUACUUUCAGAAUAAAAUAAUAAUCGGAAAGUUUGAAAAUUUACCUACUGAUGAAACAAUAAAAGCGUCUUUAAAUGAAAUGGUAAAUGAAUAUUUAGAUAUGCAAAGUAGUAAAAUAGACAAAGAAUUAUUAAAAUCUUAUAUUCUGAAUGAUGAAAGUUAUACCAAAUUAGUUAAUAGAAUAAUAAAUGAUGAAAAGAAAAUUUUCUCUUUGAUGAAACCAAGAUUUGUGAACUCACUAAAAGCGCUCUUAAAAACUAUGGAUAAUUUGAUUAUUAUGCCACCCCAUGAAAAGUCUGAUGAAAAAAAAACUCAAAGUUGCGAAAACACAGUUAAAAACUACAUUGAUAAUAGAAUUGAUUAUAUAAAAGAUAAUAUGAAAAUUUUUAUAACUAAGCAUAAUAAAGUUUCAAAACAUAAACAUGUCAUGACACUAUUAAAGAAUAUGCUUGAUAAUGAAUCAUUUUGUAAGUUCAAAGACUGUUUGGUUUGUCAAGCUAUUCUAUCAGCUUAUAAGCAACUAACCAAAGGCGAAACAAUAGAUAGCUUAAAAGAAUUGGCAAAUAAAAUAUUUGAAUCAUAUGGAGUUCAGGAUUUUAAUUAUGAUUUGCGUUCGGUGCUUAUUUUGGAAAAAAUAUUAUCAAAACUCAAAAGUGAUAUAAUAUAUCCUGUAUUAGCAGACCAUACUUCAUUUUCUUUUAGAAAUAUUACGGAAAACGCUUCCAAGUAUAAUGUGGAGGCAUUGUUUUGUUAUUUGAGGGUAAAACACUGUUCAGCAAAACGUUUCAUCAAAAAUGCUAAAUUAAUUAAAGAUUUUGAUGGAGCUGAAUUUUCAAGAGGAUGGCAAUUUGACAGCAAAAAAAAUAUAUGCAAUUGAAACACAGUCAAUAUCUUCUGUUAAUUACGCCCUAACUAAUAAGGUUUUGUAUUCUUAUAAUAGUAGCUAUGCGGAUUUGCACACUAAGAUUGAAAAUUUUAAAGUUAAACUUAAUUUAAAUGAAAAUGCGAUUGUAGAGCAUAUUAAAUCUAUAUUAAAAUAUGGUAAAAUGGCAGAAAAUAUGGCAGAAAAUAUGGCAGAAAAACCGCCUAUAAAUGCAAUCUUUGAGCGUUUUCUAAUGACUUUAACAUACCAUUUAUUUGGUACUGAAGUAGAAAGACACCCUGCUGCAGCUAUACAUAACAUUAUGGCUUUAGAUUUAGUAGAAACCAAGGGUUUCAAGUGGGUUUUUGAGCAUCUUCCCAUGGCUAUUAAAGAUGCUGUAUCUGUAGUACGUGGAAUUCAUAUAACACUUGGUAAAAGUUUAUCACUACCUUAUUAUUACAAUGCAUGUGCACCUAAUACUUGUGGUUUAGAGACAGAAUCAUUUCAAAAUUUUGUUUUUCAAGAACUAAAACUAGUAUCUACUUGGUUAAAAUUAAAAGGUUUGAACUUUAAUUGUGAUUAUACAGUCACAAGAGUCCUUGAAGAAAUAAACAACUUAUGCAUAAAGUAUUAUGGCAUAAGUAUUAGUCGCCAAAGAAUUAGUGAAUAACUAGCAAUUCCUACACAGUUUCAAUAGCAUAUUUACAUUGCUACAAAUAUGCUAUUGAAACAAUAUAUGAAAAACUUAUUCAAUGUAAAAAAAACUAACUUUAUUACACCGUUAUUCGAGACACUAAUAUAUUUUAUUUGAUCAUUUAUACAAACUACACAUUUGAAGCUGUACACAAAGACCUGAUUAAAAAGAUAAUUGACUUAAAACUUUUUCGAUUGAGUUUGUAAACUUAAUGUUGAAACUGAACUAAUUAAUUGCUUACAAUAGUAAAUGUAAAUAAAAAAACAAACGGAUUUUCAUUGGAUGGACCAAUUGAAAGUAAACAUAAAGAGUAAACAUUAUGAAAUAGAUUUGUCUUUUAAAACCAAUUUUUUGGCACCACUAUCCCGAGAUUAUAUGCCAAAUAAUCGUUUGGCACCACUAACCCGAGAUUAUAUGCCAGCAUUGGCCCGCGAUAGCUUGCCAGCACUGGUCCAUUAUCUGUUAACAGUACUGAUCCGUGAUCAUUUUCUAACAUUCUUUUGUAGUCGCGUGUCAUCACUAAGGCGUUACUUUUUACAAGUUCAUACGCUAGCACGCUAUUAUCAGCCGUUUCUGUGCAAGUUUGUUAAUUGACAUAAUUCAAACAAUUAUGUGGGUUAACAAAUUUGCACAGAAACAAGUACUUUUUGAAAUAUAUUUCAACUCAUAUCGACAAAAUUUAAUAAGUAUUUUUGAAACUCAUUUCCAAACAAAAGUGUGUUAAAAAAUAAUGAAACUAUAACCCAAUCAGCAGUACAUUAAUGGGUCAGAGCUGGCGAGCCAGGUCCGGCAAAACACAUGCGAUCUAGUUAAAGGCUUUAGCUGGUGAACCAGAACUGCCUUGCCAUUACCGGACCAUAAGCGUAUCAUUAAUGGCUCGCUAAAGGUACAAAUAUGCAUGGCGCAAAAUAGAUGAAAAUUUUACGGAGAGAAAAAUAUAUUUAUGUUUUCACUCAAGUAUAUAAUUUUCAUUAUAUCACAUCCUGUAUAUUUAGUAAUCUUGGUUUUAGUUAUAAGCCAUUGGUCUGAAAGAAAAAAAAUUCGAGAAGUUAAAAUUAUUUUAUUUUAACUUUUAGUUGUUUAUUUAUUUGUCCGAAAUCAAUCAAAGGGAAAUGGUUAUUGAUGGAGCUUAUAACUAUGAUUACAUAGGUAAAACUGGGUUUUAUUUUCCUCAGCCUACUGACGCUUUGCCCAAAACAUUCGUUCAAAGCAAUUGCAAAAAACAUGGGUUGAACACUUCAGAUAAAGAACUUUCCAACACCACUGCUCUGGAUUAUAUCCUCAAUAUUUCUUAUCAAUUGAUAAUGAAAUUAUUGAAUUUGAAGCUUUAUCUGAUAACAAUUCAGAUAAAAGUGAUAAGAAUAUUGUAAUAGAUGAACUAGAGGGUGAUUUAGCAUUUUAAUCUUCUCAAUACAAUAUUACACAAGAAUUCACUGAUUUAAUUUGCUGAUCUAUAACCAGAGCUGCUUAAAUGUUAAUGCAUCCGAAAAUUUUAUUUAAAUUUUUGUUUUUUAUGUGUUGAAAUAAAAUUCAUUAUAUAUUUGUAUUUUUUAUGCUUUAUUUUAUAUGAUCUCAUCAUCAUUGUCAUCAACCCCCACCUUUAUUUUCCUUUAUUCAAUAUAUUUAUUCAACCUUAAUUAUAUUUCUUUACAAUUUUUUUAUUUUUAAUUUGGCGUUGAGUAAAACAAGUACUUCGCUAAGUUUUAAUUAUUAUUUGUUGACUAAAGUAUACACUUAUUAACUCCGAUAAUGUUUAGCCUACAAAUUAUUUUUACCGAACAUCAUAAUAUUUUAAGGUAUUAUUUUGUAUUUCAUGUAUACUUUUUAAUGUAUACUUUAAGGUUUUUAUAAUAUACCAUAAAAAUUUCUAUAAACUGUAUUUUAACAUUAGACAUGUGUUUAGAGUACAGAAGUAACCUGAUGAAAAUUAUGAUAGUGACUCACAAGAUUUUAAUGAACAUCAAGAAUUCAAAAAGUCUUGUCUGCAGACACCUGUCGCUGUAUUGAAUCAAAGUAGAACAAGAUUGGAAAAAGUGAUCAUAUUUACCUCUGUGAUUAAGGUGAAGGGAGUAGCAGCAAAAAGGGAAGUAGCAAAA